CGGGCGGGGUCAGCCCGGCCAGUUCCAACUGUGAGAGGCGGCCAUUUUCGGGAAGAGUUGAUAAACCACCGAAUCCUCUUCCCCGCGAAGAACGAGGCCGGAGGAACCGUAGAGGAAGAGGCGUCCUCGGUCUCGACGUUUCAGGCCGCUUGAGUGGCGAGAAGGAUGCUUUCUUUUUCUACCACGGUGCAGCCGCAGGUUACAGUUUCUUUGAGCCACCUCAUAAAUGCAUUUCAUUCACCCAAAAGUUUAACACAGUCUUUCAUCCCAACAUCCACCCAGUCUGUGCAGAGAGAAGCAUCACCUGAACACGAUGUGUUGAGCCCUGAACAAUUACUUAAUCUACGAGACCUAGGACUGAAUGAUUUGAAAAUUAGCCAACUUGAUGAAGUAGUGAACAAACUGAUUCCUGGCUUUGGUGAAGAAAAUAAAAUACCCUCACAUUGGCAAACGUCAUAUGUUUCAGCAGAAUCUUUCUUUGAAAAUAAAUAUGGUUUUGCAGAUAUAUUUAGGGUUUUGCGCUCCUCUUACCUCUACAGACCGCAUCCCAAUCCUUCCCAGAGUAUAUGUUCCAGUUUUCGACAUUGGCCAGUUUUGAUUCAGUCUCGAGGUUUUAAGACUCUGAAAUCAAGAGCAAGACGGCUACAGUCCACAUCAGAACAUUCAGCAGAAACAGAAGAUGUAGCUCCCUCAUUUGUAAAGGGUCUUUUACUGAGAGAGAAAGUAUCUGACAUUGAAAGUUUAGACAAACUGAUGAAAAGAAAAAACAUACCUGAAGCUCAUCAAGAUGCUUUUAAAACUGGGUUUGCAGAGGGUUUUUUGAAAUCACAGGCACUUGCACAGCGUACAAUUGAUUCCUUAAGACGAACCCGAUUAUUUGUCUUUCUAGCAGUGUUGUUUGGGAUUUAUACUGUGUUAAAAAGCCAGUUCUUACCUAAAGGCUCCUUUUCUGAUGCUGUUCGUUUCCGAGCAAGCUCUGGGCUUGAUGCAGCAGUGGAUCCUAUUCAAAUGAAAAAUAUCACCUUUGAACAUGUGAAAGGAGUAGAUGAAGCUAAACAAGAGUUACAGGAAAUUGUAGAAUUUCUGAAAAAUCCCCAGAAAUUUACCAUUCUAGGAGGUAAACUCCCUAAAGGUGUUCUGUUGGUAGGUCCACCUGGUACUGGCAAAACUCUGCUUGCCAGGGCUGUGGCAGGAGAAGCUGAUGUUCCCUUCUAUUACGCUUCUGGGUCUGAGUUUGAUGAGAUGUUUGUUGGAGUGGGAGCCAGCCGUAUUAGAAAUCUAUUUAAGGAAGCAAAAGCAAAUGCACCUAGUGUUAUAUUCAUUGAUGAGUUGGAUUCGGUUGGUGGCAAACGAGUUGAAUCUCCCAUGCAUCCCUACUCAAAGCAGACUAUAAACCAGCUCCUUGCUGAAAUGGAUGGCUUUAAAUCUAAUGAAGGAAUCAUCAUCAUUGGUGCAACAAACUUCCCUGAAGCACUAGAUAAUGCUUUGUUACGCCCUGGCCGCUUUGACAUGCAAGUUACAGUACCCAGACCAGAUGUCAAGGGACGAACAGAAAUUUUGAAAUGGUAUCUUAAUAAAAUAAAAUAUGAUAAGUCCAUUAAUCCAGAAAUCAUUGCCAGAGGGACAGUAGGAUUUUCUGGAGCUGAAUUGGAAAACCUUGUGAAUCAAGCUGCAUUAAAAGCAGCAAUUGAUGAAAAGGACAUGGUUACUAUGAAGGAGCUAGAAUUUGCAAAGGACAAAAUUGUCAUGGGUCCUGAGCGUAGAAGUGUAGAAAUUGGUGAUAAAAAUAAAACAAUUACAGCAUAUCAUGAAUCUGGGCAUGCCAUUAUUGCAUAUUAUACCAAAGAUGCUAUGCCAAUCAAUAAAGCCACAAUUAUGCCACGAGGACCAACACUUGGACAUGUUUCUUUGUUGCCAGAAAGUGACAGAUGGAAUGAAACUAGGUCUCAGCUGCUUGCCCAGAUGGAUGUCAGUAUGGGGGGAAGAGUAGCAGAAGAACUCAUAUUUGGCAGUGAUCACAUCACAACAGGUUCUUCUAAUGACUUUGAGAAUGCUACUAGGAUAGCACAACUCAUGGUGACCAGAUUUGGAAUGAGUGACAAGCUUGGUGUUAUGACCUACAGAGAGGCAACAAAUUUCAGCCCUGAAACCCAAUCAGCAAUUGAACAAGAAAUAAGAACUCUUUUAAAGGAAUCAUAUGAACGGGCAAAGAGUAUCUUGAAGGCCCAUGCAAAAGAACACAAGAAUUUAGCAGAAGCUUUAUUAACCUACGAGACCUUGGAUGCCAAAGAAAUUCAGAUUGUUUUAGAAGGGAAAAAACUUGAAGUGAGAUAACUUCUUCUCAAGCUGUCAGUCAAAGUAGUGGCCACUUUAUAUGGUGUAACUUUCUUUCCUGCUGGAUGUAUGUGUGCAUUAUAAUCAUAUUUCUUGAAGAUAAACAACUUGUCUUGUGAGCUUUUGUUCCCCUUACAAGUAGUCCUUGCUUACUGAUUACAGUUGAGACCAACAACUCUGUUGCUAAGUGCACUAUGUGAAAAAUCAUAUGACUGUGUCAGAUUUAUGAUUUAUGAUGACUUCCAUUUUUGGUUGUAAACAAUGUAGGAGAGGAAAAGGCAGGCCUGGGAGGUGGAGUUAAACAUGUCAUCAGUUUAAAAUUCAUGCUUUGCAACAAGAGAUCCAAGUCCAGCCCUUCUUGAAUUCUAUUGAUCUUUAUGUAGCACUAAUUUAGUAUUGAUCAUUAGUUGACCAGAUUCUAUUCUAUAGGUUGGACUAAAUCCUCUAUGCUGCAACUUUAUGAAUAAUCAUGAUUCUUCGUGCCUGACAUUCACUGCUUUUAUUAAGCGAGGCAUCAUGUGAUUGAUUGGGUAUUGCAAUUUCACUUCUAUGUUCUCCAUUAAUUCUGCUGGUUAAAAGUCGAUUGUGAAGCUUGCAAAAUGUGGCCACAUGAUCAUGUGAUACUGCAACAGUUGUAAAUGCAAGGAUUAGUUGCAAAGCUAUUUUUCUUCCAGCUACUUGAAACUGUAAUUUCAAGUAGUUGCUAAACAAGGCAGUCAGUAAGCAAGGAUUACCUAUAUUUAAUUUUGUUUUUUCUUAGAAGCAAGGUUAUAAAAGUAAUUUGUCAAGGGUUCUAAAGAAACAAAAGACUGAAUUGAUAUAUUUCACUGCUAACUUGUUCCAGUGGAUAGGAAAAAGAACUGAUAGCUGCUGAUGUUACUCUGAGAAUUGGGGCAUUUGAAAGUGCAGAACAUACAGGAAAGUAACCUUUCUGUUUCUAAACCAAAGUUUUAUAAAGCCUUUAUUCAUUAUUUGUCAUAGUACAGGCACUUAAGGGCAGGCACUAUAGUAAUAGUGCUCUAUCCUCCAGUUGACCUUCAGUGAUAAGGAGUUUGAACUCUAAUGGGCACAACAAUAAUAGUGUUCUUUGGGAGAUAGAACCAGUGGUGGGAUUCAGCCAGUUCCCACCACUUCGGGAGAACCGGUUGUUAAAUUUCUGAGCAAUUUGGUGAACUGGUUGUUGGAAGAAAUCAUUAGGGCAGAGAACCAAUUGUUAAAUUACUUGAAUCUCACCACUGGAUAGAACUUAAGAGUAAGUGAACAAGUGAGUUCAUCAUAUUUGUUACAACUGGAAAAAUUGCAUUGUCACCUCUAGUGUUGGGGAAAUCUAUUUUAUGGAGGUGUGAUUUUAGUGCCCCUUUUUAAAUGGAGAAUAGUUAUGGAAAGUUGGGUCCGUCAUUGUGUACUUGGCUGGCCCUUUUUAAAAUAAAAUACAUUUUUUUAAUUUCAAAAUUUUAACAUAUUUUAUAAGCACAUGCCAUUCAGAUAUUAAAUGAUGAUUAAGACAUGUUCUAAAAAACUGAGAUUAGGAUGGGAUUGACUAGCAAUUUAGAAUAGCUACACAAUUACACUGUUUUGCAGGGGAGGAUUAAGUGUUUAAUAGACGGCUCUCCACAAAUUUAAGUCCUCCACUAAUUUUUAAAAGGAGAGAAAGUUCUGUCAGUGAAAAAAUAAAACAAGUUUAGCAAAUAAUUGGAUUUUGAAUUAGGACUUAUAAGGCAUUUUGGUGCUUUGUUGAUAGUCCAAUUUCAUUUGAAUUUGUAGAUAAUUCAUUUUCUUUCAGCAAUCCCAGUAUUUCAAUGGAACUCUUUUCUGCUUUUUCCAUAUAGUAAACUUGGAAGAACCUCAAGUUCAUUUCAUUAUUGGAAUUCCAAACUGCUAUGCUGUUCCAUUACAAAUAUAUACUUUUUUAGCAAUAAACAGUAAAAGAUGUGCAAAUGCAGCAUGUUUAGCACAUUUGGGAAAUCAUAUAUUUUAAUUACGCAAAGUGCUUUUUAAAGUUUUCCUCUUAUUGUAAAACUGCUUUUAUCUGGUUGCCCUCAUAUGUAAAUUGAGGUGUAUAAAACAUUUUAAAUCUGUAAAUAAAUUUGAGAGUUAAGCAAAAUGUGUAAUUUUUUAAUAGCUUGAAUUUCCAUAAAUCCUUUUUUUGUGAGAAUUUCUGCUACUUUGUUGCUGCUACUCUACUUGUUCAUAACAUAAUAUGGAGACUUUACAAUUUAAAAUUGAAUUGUUAAAUAAAUUUCACAUUGUCAGUAUUUAGAUUCUAUGGAAUCCUGUAACUUCUAAUGCAUUUUUCUCUUUCAUGAAACCUUGUUAAGCUUUGAGAUGGUGAGAAUAACUUGCUAGCAAGUUUCAUAUGUGUGUUCCUGCAAAAGCAAAGAAUUAAAAUUGGAUAGAA